CAAUAGCCUAUCAGAAAUUCAUAGCCUUUUCAAGCUCCAUCAGAAGAUUCGAAGAGGAAGAAGAAUAGGUAGACUACGCUACCACUACUUCCAUUUCUACUUCAAUAUUUUAUUCCUCUUCCUCUAGAAGCCAUUCCCAUCAACCGCCCCGAGAAUCUCUCUGUUUUUCUCUCUUUGUCAGCUGCUUAUUUAUAUGCCCAAUUCUUCGGUUCUCUCUCUCUCAAUCACCAAACUAGAAGAAAUUGUUUCUUAAUUCUUUACUAUCCAAAUCCCAUCGCCUUCUCAUGGAGUACUUGCAAGAUCCGUAUGAGGCAGAGGAAGCGCUCUCUCUCUGUGAUCUUCCCAUCUACAGCGACGACACAGCAUCCAACUGGGAUGACUACACAAAAGAAGAACAGCGCUUGUCCUCCGACAACGAUUUCUUCGAGUUCUUCAGCGAGGACUUCGCCGCCGCCGCCACCGCCGCCUCUACAGCGAACAACCACAUCAUCUUCUGCGGGAAACUCAUCCCAUACAGAGAAACCCAGAGCCGCGAAAUAAGCAGCGGCGACACGAAGCAAAAUCAAAAGAAGAGAGAUGGCUUUCUUCGGCGGAAAUCACUCUCUUUCAACAAGAAAAAGUCGAAGGCGGAGGAAAAGGGGUCGAGCGCUUUGGCAUUGCCAUCGUCAAAAGGGUAUGUUUAUGCCGCCAAAAACAGUGACUUUUCCGUUGGGAAAGUUUCGUUGCUUCCACCUUCGACGAAGUCGAGGUGGUACUUGUUCCUGUUUGGGAUGGCGGGGCUUCCGACGGAGAUGGAGCUGACAGAUAUUAGGACAAGACAGAGCCGGAUGAAGAGCCAGCCGUCGACGAUGUCUCAGUCGUCGUUUGAAUGCGAUGAAAUGGUUAAAGGUGUCGGCGACAAUGCGAGGAGGAGUAGAGGGAAGGGGCUGUGGAGGCUGCUAAGGAUGUUGGGGUGCAGUAGUACUCACCAAACAAACGCCGUCGUAAAAGCUUCCGCCGCAGGUUGCGUUCCGCACGUGUGACGAUCGAGAAGCCAGAGUUUGACGAAUGUUGUAAGAAAUUGAUGAGAUCAGCGACAGACAAGGAGGCUUUUGUGUCUGAAAUCUGAACAAACAAGCAGGCCAGGAUUAGGAAGAUAGAAGAAGAAGAAGAAAGUAGGGUUUGGGUGGCGAAUCAUAGGAUAUACAGUUUUGAGUGGGCUUCCCAUGAUUUGUACGGUUGUACCCUUGUGAGGAAAUCUAAUACAUUUUUAGAAACAUGUUUAAUUAGCAGAAAAAAAUAAUCUAAUGUAUGAGUUUGAGAAGACAGAUUCCUAUUCUAUUAUUUAUUCACUUCUAACUUUCUAGCCA